AUGAGAGAACUUCAUCUGGCAGGACUAACAACUGUUGCUGCUCGAUUUGUUCCAGUAUCAUCGACAAAUACAGGAAAAAAGAAAAGAGCAGCAAAUCUCAAUCAAUGUCAUGAAGGUUUUAAUAAAAGAGGAGACCAGUUCAUUAUAGUUUUUUCAGUUGGAUAUCCAGCCGGAUGCGCUACAGCACUGUGCAAAACAAAAUUCGAUGACACCGUCCAGUCUAAAAUAGCUGCUAUCUAUUUUAAAAUAACUCUAACAAUAACAUUCACCAAUGGUCAGAGUCUCUCUGUUAAACUGAGUCUCUGCUUAUUUCGUAAAAGUUCUGUGACUGAAACUUUAGAUGAAAAUGUUACUACUGAAACACAAACAACAGUUACAACCACCGAUAUGCCAGGCUAUUCAGUCUAUCCAUCAACAACAAUAGCCGUCGCAAGAAGACGUCGUCGUAGAUCUAUCACUCGGCCAUCUCAAAGUAUUGCUCAUAUGCCGAUUGGUGGUGGCUUGCUCAUUAGUCUUAAUCACAAUACUACACAUUUAAUUAAAAAUCUUUAUGAAGAACAUAGUUUUAUUAGAUAUUUUCCAUUUGGUGUGGAAUCUCUAGUUGGUAUUGAUGGAAAAAAAAUUGAUUUAAUUAGUUAUUUACAUGAAAAUAAAAUAUCAAAGUUUAUUUAUAAUCAAUUAGUUAGUCAAGAUCAUGUUAUUAAUGGUAAUUAUCUUACCAUGGGAGCUUUAGGUUGUCUAGAAUCUCAUGUUCGUGCUUGGCAACGUGUUGUGGAAUUAAAUAUGCCUAUGCUUGUAUUGGAAGAUGAUGUACAUUUAAAUAAAGAAUUAUUAAAUAUUAUGUUUCCUUAUUUACUUUAUGCUUUACCCACCAAUUUUAGUCUAUUCUAUUUUGGUAAUUUAGUUGGUAAAGAAAUGGAAGCAAAACUAAUAGAUUAUAAUGAACUUUUAUGGAAAAUAGAUGGUUCCAAUUGGGGUACAUAUGCAUAUAUUAUAAGUCCUUCAUGUGCAGCAACAUUACUUGAUUUUAUUUAUCCAGUUCAAACUCAAGUUGAUUCAAUGAUUAUUGAUAUUGCACAAUCACAAUUAUUGGAUGCAUUUAUGUCUAAAAUCAUGUUAGUCAAUACUGAUAAUCAAUUUAACAGAAAUUCACUUACUCAACGUUAUUUGAUUCCACCAAUUAUUAUUCCACGUGUUUUUCAUUUUAUUUGGCUCAAUAAUAAUUCUGUACCUGAUGCUACUCAACAAUAUAUUGAUUUAUGGAAAACAUUUCAUCCAAAUUGGGAAAUACUCAUAUGGACACAUGAAACAAUAGCUAAUCGAAAUCUAUCAUUACAUAAUCAAAAACGUUUUCAAAAUUCCGUUCAAAGUUUACGACAAGCAUCAGAUAUUUUACGUUAUGAAAUUCUUUAUCAAUAUGGUGGUAUUUAUAUAGAUGUUGAUUUUGAACCAUUGAAAAAUAUUGAACCACUUUUACAUGGAGUGGAAGCAUUUGUUGCUUAUGAAAGUGAUUAUUUCAUUUGUAACGGUAUUCUUGGUGCUAUCCCUGGUCAUGAUUUAACACAACGAUUAAUUACAGGAUUAGAGACGAAUUUGGCUCUAUUUGAAAAUGGAACAGUUAAUCAACAGACAGGUCCAUAUUAUAUAACAAGACAAGUUAAAGACAUGCAACAAGAGCAGAAAACAACAAUGAAAGAUGGUUUUCAAAUAUUUGCACCUCAUAUUUUCUUUCCUUAUGCAUGGUAUGAAAAGGAUCCAGGUCAUCCAUAUGAUGCAUUGUCUUUUGUUGUGCAUCAUUUUCGUUCAAUUACCCAAAUUAAGCAAGAUGCUGCAGAAGGACAUUAA